CAUUUUUUAAUCUAACCAUUUUAGACCUUUUCAUGAAUGCAAGUCGUGUAAAUAUAAGCUAGCAGGGUGCAAAUCUCUGGUAAAAAUGAAGGGUUUUUAAUACAAGCAUAUUUUUUUACUAUAUUUCGUUUAUUACCGCAAAGUAUAUUUGUAAACGUGAGCUUUUAUUCUCAGAAAACUAAAACGUGCAGUUCAACGGUCUAUGCAAAUUCAUAGUGCUCAACAGAUUCCACAAUAAGUACAUCACGAGUAUUUAGAAAACGAUGAGCACGGAGAGAGGCAUGUUACAAAAUUCUGGAAAGUUCAGUAUUAAAUGGAAAGUUGACCAAUUUUUUGCCGGUUGCCAGAAAAAGGGACAGUGUUACACGUCGCCGAAAUUUGCUGUAGUAUACGGUUGUAAGACUAUAAAAUGUUAUUUGGAGGUUUACCCUCUGGGAAAUUCACGCGCGUCAAGUACAUCUGUGUCAUUGCAUCUUUGUUUUGAGAGUAAAAGUCGUAUAUUAGGAUCAUUUCAACUUGCAAUAAUGGAUUUGAAAAUUAAUAUACCUUCGACUUUGAAAGCUGGAGGAAAGUUUAACGGUACUUCUAAUACUAUUAUGGGUAAACCGGAUUUGAAUCAAUACGAGUUCAAUGAGAUUAGUGGUACUUUGAUCAACGAUACAUUGGUAAUAUUAUGUGAUAUUGCAAUUGAGAUACCAGACUCAGAUGUUACAGAAAGUUUUCAUCCCUAUGAUGAGUGGCUUUAUAAAUGGGAAAAUAUACUUGGUGACUUCGAAAACCUUUUAGAGACCGGUACUUUCACUGACGUGACGUUCACUGUGGAAAAUAAAAUAAUCAAUGCACACAAAGACAUUUUAUCGUGCCGAAGCCCAGUUUUUAAAGCCAUGUUCGAGCAUGAAAUGAAAGAGAAUGCGCAGAACUCCGUCAAAGUGAUCGACAUCGAUUACGAGGUAUUGCGGGAAAUGUUUCGAUUUAUAUACUCGGGAAAAGUACAAAACAUCGAGAAAAUAGCCAGCAAUCUUUUGAUUGCUGCUGAUAAGUAUCAGCUAAUUGAAUUGAAAGCACUGUGUGAGAAUACUCUAUAUGUUAGUGUCACAGUUGAUAAGGUCGUCGAGUAUCUAAAACUAACUGAAAUGUGUGACACAAUUCAUCUGCAAAAGCUACUCAUUAAGUUCAUUGCUACUCAUUACAGGGAUGUUGACAAGAUACCUAGGCUUGCGGAUCUGAAUAAUAAUAUAUUGUAUCAAAUCAUACAAGCAAUUGCAAAUCACAAAUAAACGCCGCGAAUUCUUUCAUAUUAAUUACUUUUAUUUAAGACAACACACAAUACUUGAUUACUUGUCUCACUAUAUGACUGUAGGUAAUAUAUAAUUUUUCGUUUGAAAUACAAUACAAACUUCAUUGUAAUUUUUAUAUGUACUCUUUCUGUUUUCUUUUUCAUAAUUUUUGUAUUUUAACGUAAACUUUAACAAUUAUUUAUCAA